AAUAUCCAGUUCAAUCAGUCACGAACAGUGUCGACGCCAAUCCCAUGAAGUAACAGAUACUGAUGGAUAUAUACAAGCUCUCAGUCAUAUCUUUGGUCAUAAUGAGGACAAUUGAAGCAUCUUCGUUGAAGUACCGCCUUAAAUCUACACAAGCUAUAGAAGGGCAACCGUGUACUUUAUCGUGUAGACACGAUCACACCAUAGGAACUGCAUUGUGGUACAGGAACUGGGUCCGGAUUUUUCAAACAAAUAGGAAUUACCAGUUUGAGAUGCUUGACAAGAACAUUGAUCACGAGGAGUUCCGGUCUGUGUCAGGACGGAUCUCUGUGGAUGCAACCCUGAUCCGACACAACGUGAUCCUCACCAUCAACUCUACACUGGAUGAGGGAUCUGUGUGGAGGUGUGGUCUAGGGGAGGAUUCUAGUAAUAAUCUGACAGUAAGGGUGGUCAAGCCAGUCACUGACGGGAGUACAACCACCCAACCCCAGACAACAUCCAUCGUUAGCAAGACAACUACAACUACAGAAGCUAUGACAGAAAACAAAGAAUAUCCGGCAACCCAUGCCUUUAUCCUAACCAUGUGUGGAACUGCCUGUUGUCUCACCCUUGUCAUAGGCAGCACCAUAAUCUUGUUUGCGAGGAGUCGCCUCACAGCUGGACCCGAUGAUAAAACCACAGCAGGAUCUCAAGCAAGACCACAGCAGGCCAGACAGUGACUGAGACGGUCUAACUGUUGCCAGUACAAACAUGUCAAUGAGUUUUGCUUGUAGGAGUGCUUUGAAACACAUCAAUGCUGAAUUUGCAUGUUUAAUGAGUGCAAGGCGACUACUGACUAAACAGUGCAGCCGUUCACAAACUUAGACUAAAUGUACACGUCAUUUUGGAAAACAAUAUAUGCAUAUAAACUACCCGGCUAGAGAAAGUAUACACCAAUAUUUGAUGGUGGCUGAAAA